AUGGGGGGAGAAGGGGGGAAAACAAAGACAGAGAGGCAAGGCAAGAAAAAGGUGGUUUACAAAAACAACGACAUACGACUGGAACUCUCUCGCCUGGCCCGCAUUGCAGACCCGAAGAUGAAGCUUCAGGGAGAUGUGGUGUUUAAAUGCGAGAAUGUUCCCACCCUAGACCCUAUCUCUUUUGAGACACCAGAAUCCUUCCUCAGCCUGCCCAAGUGGAACACCAAGCGUGUGGGCUCCAUUUCCUUUGACUUUCGCACUUCAGAGCCCAACGGACUAAUCCUUUUCACUCAAGGUAAGCCCCAGGACAAGAAAGAUUCUAGAAGCCAGAGGAGCAACAGAGUGGACUUCUUCGCUGUGGAACUUUUAGAUGGAAAUUUCUAUCUUCUGUUGGACAUGGGAUCAGGAACGAUUAAAGUCAAAGCCACACAAAGUAAGGUCAGUGAUGGAGCCUGGCACCAUGUGGACAUCCAGAGAGAUGGAAGAUCAGGUAUCAUAUCUGUGAACAGCCGUCGGACUCCAUUCACAGCCAGUGGAGAGAAUGAGAUUCUAGACCUGGAAGGUGACCUCUAUCUCGGAGGUUUGCCAGACAACCGUGUUGGCCUGGUUCUUCCCACUGACCUGUGGACCGCUAUGCUGAACUAUGGCUAUGUGGGGUGCAUCCGUGAUCUCUUCAUAGAUGGACGCAGUAAAGACAUUCGCCAGAUCGCAGAGGCGCAGAAUGGAGUCGGAAUCAAGCCGUCCUGCAGCAAAAUAACAGGCAAACAUUGUGACAGCAACCCCUGCAAAAACAAUGGCAUCUGUAAAGAGGGCUGGAAUCGCUUCAUCUGUGACUGCACUGGGACCGGAUACUGGGAUCGAACCUGUGAGAGAGCAAGAGGAGACCUGGAUACACUCAGUGCAAGAAAGAGCCUACAAACUCAUAUCACUGCCCAUGACCGAGAUCUGAAGAGUGAAGAUCUGAAGAGGAAGCCUGGCACUCAACCCUCUUAG